UAUGAAUACGAGAUAGUUAUAUCUUUAUUUCAGAUCUGAUCCAUGUAACAGUGUAACUCCGACUCCUUUUUUUACAACCCAAACCCUUUCUCCUCUCUCUUAAUCCUCUGGCGGUCAGGCCAUUUGUCGAUAUCCUCCUAUACGACACUUUCCCCUUUCUCCAUUUUCUUUAUCAGUAAAUCAAUUCACCAUGAAGGUAGGAGGAAGACGGUGACAAAUCUGUUGGAGCGCAGAUGAAGUGCCGGCGAAGUCACGACCAUCACUAAUCGUCGCCACAAUCGCUGCUAAUUUGCGCCGACGAAGCCACCGCCAGCGUUCACCCUCACUCUUUCGUUCAAAUAUCAUCAUCUAAGGGCUAAGGAACUCUUGGAGGCCGGUCAUGUGUACGUCUUACUCUUUGAAAUGAGAACUGCCUCUAUGAGAAUGGAAGGGCUUGUGGUGGAAAGGCAUGUUAAAUACAUCAUAUCAGUUGAAAAGAGGAAAGAUGAUUUCGAAUCUGUGGUGAUGGAGCAUCUAAGAUUAAAUGGAGCUUACUGGGGAUUGGCAACGCUUGAUAUCCUAGGAAAGAUUGAUGUAGUGGACCGAGAUGAGGUUAUUCCUUGGAUCAUGCAGUGCCAAGAUGAAUCUGGUGGAUUUGGUGGUAACAUUGGACACGACCCACAUAUCUUGUAUACCCUUAGUGCCAUCCAAGUUUUAGCGCUAUUUGAUAAGCUUGAUGUUCUUGACACUGGCAAGGUUUCAAAAUAUAUUGCCAACCUGCAAAAUGAAGAUGGUUCCUUUUCUGGUGACAUGUGGGGUGAAGUUGAUACAAGGUUCUCUUACAUAGCAAUAAGUUCUCUGGCACUGUUGCAACAUUUGGAUGCAAUUGAUGUGGAAAAGGCAGUUCAGUACAUUCUAAGUUGCAUGAAUAUGGAUGGUGGAUUUGGUUGCACACCUGGGGCAGAGUCGCAUGCCGGACAAAUUUUUUGUUGUGUAGGAGCUCUUGCAAUAACGGGCUCUUUGCAUCAUGUUGACAAAGAUCUCCUUGGUUGGUGGUUAUGUGAAAGACAAGUUAAAUCUGGAGGUCUUAAUGGCCGCCCUGAGAAGCUUCCUGAUGUCUGCUACUCUUGGUGGGUUCUUUCCAGUUUAAUUAUGAUAGACAAAGUUCACUGGAUUGACAAGGAAAAGCUUGUAAAAUUUAUUUUGGACUGUCAAGAUAUAGAAAAUGGUGGAAUUUCAGAUAGGCCAGAUGAUGCAGUUGAUGUUUUCCAUACCUAUUUUGGGGUUGCAGGACUUUCACUCUUGGAAUACCCGGGACUCAAAGCUAUAGAUCCAGCAUAUGCUCUUCCUGUUGAUGUUGUUAAUAGAAUCAUCUAUCACAAGUAAUGGGUCGGUUUACCAUCGUCUCAUUCCUGCGAUGCUGACUGUUAAUGAAUUUUCAUUGACAUCAACUUUAAGCGGAUUUAAUUAAGGGGUUAAAGGGAUGUGCUCUGAUAACCUCACAGAAUUUAUGUAUUUAUCAAGCAAGGACAAGUCGCACACAUCAGGAAGCUUCUCAGGGCGGCCAUUAAGACCUCCAGAUUUAACUUGUCUUUCACAUAACCUCACAUCACUGCUUUAGUUCUGUGAGGUGUGGUGUAUAUUGUGUUGUCGCUUUAAAAUUCCCAAAUCCUAAUAUCCUAUAAAAUGGGGAGAGUCUAGUGUGGCUGUGAACAUGGUAUCCGUUCAACUUUGUUUUAAAAGGCCAAUAAGUUUGUGUCCCUUCAGAUAGAUGCAUUUGUCAGCGAGGUGCUUCGGCAUGCACUGGUAACUGUCUUAAAGUUAGCAGGACAAGAUUUUGUUUGUGUAAGUCAAUGUUGUUCUCGGUGCCGCAUCAAUGACUAGUCCGUCUCAGACACUUAGUCAUGUCUUCCUUCAAACUCCUAGGUUUAAGAUAAUUUUUGUAAAUACAUAUUAACUGUGGAAAAUUUUCGAGUAUGGAUUGAAAAA